AUGACCCUGCCCACCGUGGUCCUUGCCUCUAUCCUGCUCCUCUGCUCCGUGACCAGCCAGAAGUGUACGACAUUUACAGGGAUCCUAGAUGUCACGUACCUCAUUGACAAACUGCAGGAAGAUUCAACUUCAAAAUGCAACUGCACCGGCACCAGUGUGACCAGUUGUUUGUGUCUGCCCAUUCCUUCCGACAACUGCACCACAGUAUGCUUCCAGGAAGGUCUGUCCCAGAUGACCAACUCCACAGCGGAAACAAGAUAUCCCCUGAUUUUCAAUCGAGUAAAAAAAACAGUCCUAAAGAACAAGUGCCAGUUGUUUUCCUGUGAACAGCCAUGUAACCAAACCACAACAGGCAACACGCUGACGUUUCUGCAGAGUCUCCGGGAAGUUCUCCAGAAACAAAGGGCAAUGGACAAAGUAUGA